AGGAAACGACUUUGCGACUCCACGCUCUCUUAGCGCAAGUCUGGUGGUCCCGCACCGGCCAGGAAAGGCAUCCAUCUGCCUUAAGUGUGUGAGCGUCUCCCGGGCAAGUUUGCGUUGUGUGCUUGUGUGGAAAGAACCGGAGGAGCCCUCGAGCCGAGCGGACCUGCUUCAGUUGCACACCCAGACGUCAGAGCUAAAGCCAUGACUACCAGCGCAACAGUGGUGCGCAUCCUGAUCAAGGGCGGCAAGGUGGUGAACGACGAUUGCACGCAGGAAGCCGACGUCUACAUCGAGAAUGGCAUCAUCCAGCAGGUGGGCAAGGAGCUGAUGAUCCCGGGCGGGGCCAAGGUGGUGGACGCCUCUGGGAAGCUGGUGAUGCCCGGCGGGAUCGAUACCAGCGUGCAUUUGGAAGAGACCUUUAUGAAUGCCACCACUGCCGACGAUUUCUACAGUGGCACUAAGGCUGCCUUAGCUGGAGGUACCACCAUGGUUAUGGCGCACGUUCUUCCGGAGAAAAACCAGUCUUUGCUGGAUGCCUAUGAGCAAUGCCGUAGCUUGGCUGACGCCAAAACCUGCUGCGACUACGCCCUGCACGUGGGAGUAACUUGGUGGGGUCCCAAGGUGCGCGCCGAGAUGGAGAAGCUGGUGAGGGAGAAGGGAGUGAAUUCCUUCCAGAUGUUUAUGGCCUACAAGGAUAUGUACAUGCUGAGGGACAACGAGCUCUUCCAAGUCCUGCAGCACUGCAAGGACAUCGGCGCCAUUGCCAGGGUCCACGCGGAGAACGGGGAAUUGGUGGCUGAGGGUGCUAAAGAAGCCUUGGAGCUGGGCAUUAGCGGGCCAGAGGGCAUUGAGAUCAGCAGGCCUGAAGAGUUAGAGGCGGAGGCAACCCACAGGGCCAUCACCAUCGCAAACAGGGCCCGUUGCCCCAUCUAUCUAGUCAACGUGUCCAGCAUGGCGGCAGGAGAUGUGGUGGCUACUGCCAAAAUGCAAGGGAGGGUGAUCCAGGGGGAGACGACUACCGCCCACGCUGUGCUCAACGGUACUCAGUAUUAUCACCAGGACUGGGCUCAUGCCGCUGGCCACGUAACCCUGCCACCUCUGCGCCUGGACCCCAGCACGCCUAACUACCUGAUGAGCCUGUUGGGAAACGACACUCUGAACGUUCUCGGGUCCGACCACCGUCCUUUCACCACCAAACAGAAAGCCAUGGGCAAGGAUGAUUUCACCAAGAUUCCCCAUGGUGUCCCGGGAGUUCAGGAUCGCAUGAGCGUCAUUUGGGAAAAAGGCGUGAUCGGGGGCAAGAUAGACGAGAAUCGCUUCGUUGCCGUUACGAGCUCCAACGCCGCCAAGAUUUACAACCUCUACCCCAAAAAAGGCAGGAUCAUCCCGGGAGCAGACGCAGACGUGGUGGUCUGGGAUCCCGAGGGGUCCAAAAUCAUUUCGGUGGAAAACCAGCUGCAGGGUGGUGACAUGAACCUUUACGAAGGUCUUCGUUGUCAUGGCGUGCCCUUGGUCACCAUCAGCCAAGGGCGGCUGGUCUACGAGAACGGCAUGUUCACAUGUGCCGAGGGCUCCGGGAACUAUUGCCCUCUAAGGACUUUCCCAGACUAUCUUUACAAGAAGAUGGUUCAGAGGGAAAAGUGCCAGACAGCGAAGCGCGUGGAGCGAGAACCGUACACGGGGGACGUGGUGGCCGUGGCAAAUGGUGGAAAAAGGGACGCCAUAUCUUCGGACCUGGACACCCCGACACGCCCCUGCACCCGUCACGGCGGCAUGAGGGACCUUCAAGAAUCCAGCUUCAGUUUGUCCGGUGCCCAGAUCGACGACAAGAUUCCCAAGAGAUCCUCGGCCAGGAUCCUCGCACCACCCGGCGGGAGGUCCAGCGGGAUCUUCUAGAGGCUGAGAAUACCCGACUGAAAGAAUGAAGUGUCCGUCCCUACGAGAUAAGGUUUUGUGGGUUCAAGAUGUCAUGUUUUCCAUCUUUGGUCUUCCUUUUUUGUUAAAACAUUGUCUGCCAUUGACGGCAACAGACAUCCAAUCCAUUUGAACUGGUAAGAGUUCAAAUGGAUUGGAUGUCUACUAGUGACAAAAUAAUUUAAAUUCACAGCAGAGGGACGAAAAAAGCCAUGUGAUUGAUGGUCUAUCGUCAGUGGCACUGAAAAAGGGAAGGAAGCUCAAUUUCUUAGGACUUUAAAACACUGAAGCCUGUUUGCCCAUUUUCAUCCAACGUGCAGCCAAAUUUCAUCCAAACCAAAAAUAAUUUGUGAGUGUUACCUCACUUUAAAAAACAAUGUUUGCACUUGCGUGGCGACUAAUAAAAACGCCUUUGGAUAUCAUUUUUUAAUUUUAUUUUUGACUUUGAAUUGUGAACCACAGUGAAUGACAGCAAGUGCAAGGUACUGUACACGUAUCACUGUGAUUGAAGGAAAAUGUGGUGCAAUUUUAUACUUAUUUUAUUUAUUUAUAUGGCAAUCUAUGCUCAUACUUUAACCCAGUGUUAAUGCUGUUUACUGUAGAAUUCAUUUAGUAUGCAGUGAUACAUUGACUUACAGGCGAUUCAACUUACGAGGGAUUGACGUUUUUUUUUUUUUAAACCACUUUAUUACCUCCUCAAGAAUGAAUAAAUGGAUUAUCAAACUUGUAGGAUAUGCCUGUAAUAUAAAACGGAAGAAGUGACUAUGUUCUGGGGUCUUGAGGUCAAAGGUCACAGAGGUCAGGAAAGGAAUAUCGUGAUAACUAGGCUGAUCCGUUAUCAAGUUAACUCAUAUUUGCAGGGUAGGUGAUCCGAUGAGAAAAGGUCAAAGGUCACAGAGGUCAGGAAAAACGGCAAUGCUUUGAAUUUGGCUGCUUGGGCAGAAGUCUGCUCUCUCAGGGUACUCCUCUAGUUUCAGAGAUCAUUUGCUGCCAACCCGCCAAGCUAAAAUGUAACGGACGUCUAGCGCCCUCAAUGGCAGCCAAAUGAAAGCCCGAAAAGGGUUGAGUCAAGGUACCACUGAAUGUGCAUCCGAUCACGCAUCAAAAUUAAGCUUUAUACCACUUAGGUUGUAAAAAGCUUAAAAACAUUGUCACUACCACAUGGAAAUAAGUAAAAAUGAUUAAAUUUGCCCACUAAAAUGAAACCCCACCAUUCCGAGAGAAACAGGGAGUAGUCUUAAUUCUUUGAUUUAGAGGGACAGCUUCUCUUCAAGGAAACACUAAGCACCAACAGUGGUCUGCAUUUCAUGAAAAUGCACAAAGUCUCACCUAAAAUGCCUUUUUGCUCACGCUCGUAUUGUUUUGUACCGUCUGAAAUGUUCCCGACUGCACACCUCUUGAUGUACAAACCCAAUUCCAGUAAAGUUGAGACGUUGUGUCAAACAGAAUACAAUGAUUUGCAAAUCAUGUACAAGCUAUAUUCAAUUGAAUACACUACAAAAACAAAAUAUUUCAUGUUAAAACUGGUAAAAUUUGUUCUUUUUAGCAAAUAAUCAUUAACUUAUAAUUUCAUGGCUGCAACAUGUUCAAAAACAGCUGGGGCAGGGUCAUGUUUACCACUGUGUCACAUCACCUUUUAGCAAUAUUCAAUAAAUGUUUGGGAACUGAUAAAGGUGUAUCGGUACAUGUAUUUGUAUUGAACCGUUUCGGUACGUGGUGCUUGGUUCGGAACGGAGGCGUGCCGAACGAGUUUCUGACGUAAUGUAACCCUUACUUUUCGAGGCUGUGAGUCGAUCGGGUUAGUUUCUUUGUGUAGAUUAUAUUUACUCCGUCUUCUCUACUAUAAUGAGGACCAACACAGUAGGACAGCAUAACCCAGAAAAGUCAACAGCGCGACAACGUGGCCGCCGCGAGAACACAGUGAAACGCAGGCGUUAAAGUCCGCAUGUUAGGCUACGUUCAUACUACAGGUCUUAAUGCACGAAUCCGAUUUUUUGUCAUAUCCGUUUUUUUGGCGUGCCCGUUCACACUGCCUUUAUCCAUUGAGACCGUUCAAGUAUUACGCAUGCGCACUAAUUCGCAGUCCGACACGCGCUAAGCAAGAAGACCCGCAUGCGCAGAAGCAUCAAAACAAAUGACAGACGUCAUCCGUCAUUCCAGGGAUAUCAUAUUUUGCUUUUCAAAAGGUGGACACAAAUAACAGACAUAAAUAAUCCCCGUUUAGGCUUAUAUUCAAAGUUUAUAUGGAUCGAUAGCAUGCACGCACUGUCCGUGCACGUCACACACACAUACGGGCAGUUUGUCCCGACUCUCGGCCGUGGAGGCAAUGUUGAAAUAUUGCUCACUUGGAACAGAGAGAAAACUGAGCAUUCUCAGGCUUAUCCUCAACCCAUUUUUAUUUUUUAUGACUGCUGUCAAGCUCAGCUCUUCCUCAAAAGCCGUGUUCACUGCAAGCUAGGCGCUAAUAACGCACAGGUGCAUCGCUACGGUAACGACUCUCUCGCUAUUUGAUGACGUAAUUGCUGCAUUAAAUCCGAUUUGCGGGACUGGACAGUACAGACCGCCGCGACAGUCUGGGAAAAUGUGGCCCAGAUCGGAUUUAGACCACAUACGAAAGUGACCCAGAUCGGAUUUGAAAUGGUCCCGUUCUAUGCGACUUGUCACGUUCAGACCGUCAAGUUAAUGCCUCACUCGAGUCGGAAAAACACGAAAAAAUCGGAUUCGUGCAUUAAGACCUGUAGUAUGAACGUAGCCUUAGAUGCGUCCCAGAAGCGGCUCAACACGACGCACGCGAAAAGAACGGCAGAGUUUAUUAUUUGACGCGAGACGCGACCCUCCUGCGUCAAUACUACUACCGGUAGCUAGGAUCGGGCAGACCGGAAGUCACUCGUGUAAAAAUACGGUGGAUCCGGUCGAUUUUCAAACUAAUAUGCAAUCGUAACCCACUAUUUGAGUCCAUCAGAUCUCUUGAGUGGUAGAUCGGGGCACAGUUGACUUGUCUUUGUUGAUUUACUGCUGUCUUCUCUGCUAUCACAAUAACUAACACGGUCCCGUGUUCAAUAUAAAACCCUCCUACCACAACAAAACAAGUAGGAAGUAAUAUUGACAUAGGAACUAAAGUUAUACAACAUAAAAUAUACAAUAUAAAUGAAUACUACAUCACAUUUGAAAAAUAUACACACAUAAUAAAAUAAAUAAUAGCCCAUUUAAAUAAAUUGAAAUGAGCUAAAACACCUGUAAUUAAAUAAUAAGAAUAAUACACAGAUCCUGCUUACACAAAUUUAUUCAUUUCUGUGUGGCGCUUUAACUUGAGAAAAUCCACCAAUAAAGCUUUUGAAAACCGUUCAUAAGAAAAAAAAAAGAUUCAUUGAGGCAUUUCAUUUGUAAAAUACAUGUUAAAAUCUUUGUCAUUAGGAUUGCUUUUCUCUUUUGCACAGGACUUCUUUUUUCUGCUUUCUUUCAAAAAGAAAGCUGACCAAUACACGGGAUCUGAAAGGCAAAUUGUUGUUGGAUUAUUAUCUUUAAAUACCCGCUACUUUUUUUUAGCAGAAUUCUAGCUUUGUGUAGGCUAAUGUUCCUAUUGUUGAAAGCACAAAGGUGUGUAAUAAACAACUGGCACAUUUAUAUUUUGCAUUUUGUUUUCUUACUGUACCGAAAAUGAACCGAAUCGUGACCUCAAGACCGAGGUACGUACCGCACCGAGAUUUUUGUGUACCGUUACACCCCUAGGAACUGAGGACCCUAAGUGUUCAAGCUUUAUAGGUGGAAUUCUUUCCCAUUCUUGCUAGGUGCACAGCUUCAGCUGUUCAACAGUCCGGGGUCUCUGUUGUCAUAUUUUACGCUGCAAAAUGCGCCACACAUUUUCAGCGGGAGAAAGGUAUGUACGGCCGGCAGGUCAAUCUUGUACAAGCACUCUUCAACUUCUACCAACUUCAUUGGAAUUGGGUUUAUAUCAUACUGUAUAUGACUGUGAAACAUCUGCAAAAUAAUAAGCAGGGAGGUUCAAUGCUGCCACUCCUUCAAGGGGGUUGUCAAACUGUAAUGCACUGAUACAUUUUUUUUUUGUACUACCUUCUUACUUUUAGAAUGAUUGUCAUCGUAAUCGUAGUCUUUUUUUCUGUAGCACACAGGAUUUCCAUAUUAUUCCUUUAUAAUUUAUUUUCAGUAAUGUUUUUUUUAGCUUAGACUUUAAGGUUUGCUAAAUGCACAACAAACACUGGUGCUGAAGAUUGUGCUCACUUUAUAUGUUUUGUUCCUUCCCUUCUCGCAGUGUCUGUCACAUCAUUCCAGUCCAAAUAAAUGAC